AUGGCACCUCCAACCCAACGCGUCUACGAAGGGCAGCUGCCCCCAGAGGUGCUCUCGUGCCUCAAUAAUACCCGUUUCCUCCACCUGGCAACAUGCACCUCCACACUCCGCCCCCACAUCGCUCUGAUGAACUACACCUACAUCCCCCCCACCAAGACCUUCACCGGCACCGCUCUCCCCACCGCCGUUUCUUCUACUUCCGGUCCCGGCGUAAUCAUCAUGCUCCUCUCUCCAACCACCAAAAAGCUACAGAACAUUAAAAGUAACCCCCAUGUGUCUCUUCUGGUCCACGACUGGGUUUCCCAACGCCCACCAACUGCUUCGGGACCAUCCAGUCCCGAUACGAAUAGUCUAUCACCGUUGGCUCAGUUUUUGCAGAACAUGAACAGCAGCGAGUUGCAGAGUUAUUCUCAUACUGUGAGGGGUUACGCUAGGAUUUUGGAAUCGGGCAGUAAUGAGGAAGAGUAUUAUAAGGACGUACAUAAAGAAGCUAAUAAGUUCGAAGGCGCAAAGUGUUACGUUGAAGGGGAAGAAGGGAGUGUAUUUGUGGUUGUUGAGCUUGAGGGCGGGAAGAUUGCUGAUUGGAAGGGCAGCGUUGAGGAUUGGGGCCUGCCUGAGGAAGAGGCGACUGUCAACGGUCUUUAA